CGGCUAAUGAUCGUGAUCCGACAGAAUGUUAUUAGCAAAUUCACAUCGGCUGUAGUGUGUCGUAUUUACGCCGUAAUCCAUUAUCUCUAUAGAGCAAAACAAGUGUCAAACGAGUUGAUUGGGAUCGUUUUAGGUUUCGAGAAUAUCUCGGGUAUUGGGUGGAUUUAAUAUGCACGAGCUAUAAUUACAAGUGCAAAGUACACACAGUGCAAAAGGAAAAAAAACUGUGUACUAAAAGCACGCGUGUUCAGCAAUUUUUUAGUCGAUAAUAUACCGGUUUCAUAACGUUACAAUUAUUGAUUUCGAGGCUAUUGGAUGUAAUGAACGAAAGAUUAUUCUCUCGUUACAGUUCUAAUAAGCCAGCAGAAAUUAGCAAUAAUUGAUAACUUUCUUUUUCCUGCUUCACAUUCUCUUUGCUUCUUUGAGUUCGAAAGAUCAGUCAAGAGCGAAUUAAGAGUAAAAGAGAGAGAAAGAGAGAAACAUGUAUCGAGGAGGAAUUAGUCGCCAGACGCGUGUUGAGUACGUAAACCGCGCUGGGCAACGAGUCAAUCCGAGAACAGGUAAGCCUUUGAGAGGCUACGGCGGCGGCGGUGGUGGUUUCGGUAUACAGUCGCGCCUAGGUGGACGGGGGAGAAACGGUAUAAACAAACCCAUCAUCAACAAGAAGAAGAGGCCUUUACCAAUUAAGCGAAUUGGUACUCUGUUUGGCAAUCUUGAACCAAUUCCCACUAAUCCACGCAUCGAUCCACCACCGAGGGUCUGUUACAAUUGUUGGCAGCCGGGUCAUCCCAAGCGCAGCUGUCCUCGCCCCUGCGUCGCCAGAUUUUGCGUCAACUGUGGUCGUAGGGAUGAGGACGUCGAGACCUGUCCACGAUGUUGUCAAAGACACAAACUCUGGCUCGAGAGCGGCCAGCAACGAGACGAAGUCGACGAAACAGACUUGGAUCAGCAUGCAGAGUAUCAUAAUUGGCAGCAAGAAGAAGAUAAUCCAGAGGAGGAUGCUUGUGACGUUGUGUUAAGGGAGGUAAUGAGACGCAAUGAACAGCAGGAAGCUAUGAGGCAGCGUGAACUCCAGGAGAUGGAGUUCAGACGAAUGAGAGAGAUGGAAUCAUUGAGGAGAGUACAAGAGUUUGAUUCACAGCAAAUUUUCAUGAGAAGGCAGAGAAUUAAAGAUGAGCCACAUUUCCAAGUUAGCGAAGUGGGCCCAUUUAAUCCACGGCCUGACAGCCCUAACUACAAUAACAUGAUGGGAGCUACUGGGAUGGGAAAUAGUUACAAUGGCGAAAGUGUGAGCUUUAAUGGAGAUGAAGAUCCUGUAAAUGAUGUUCUUAAGCUUGCUAAAACUAUAUCUCAUUUGUCACCUAUGACGCAAGACAUGAUAAUGAGACAGGUCAUGGCAGAACGACGUGAGAAACGCCAAGUAGAAGAAUCUUGGGUGUAAAUGAGGAAAUGAGAAAAUGUUGAAUGAGAUUCGAAAAAUAUGAAAAUAUUUAGUUGACGGUGGAGACAACUAUUAUUCAAGUAAACUCAAUAUUUAAAAUUGCUUGCACAGUAGUAAA